AUGUUAACACUUCAAGAUCUCAUUGUGCCAAUUCCUGAAUAUUUGUCUACAUUAUUUAAGGCUAACAAGAAUAACACGUAUUCUUAUUUGGAUAAAUAUAAAGUAUUUAAAAAAAUCGUAGAGUACAACUUACGUGAACGUGGCCUUCUUCCGAAUAGCAGUAAGGAAUUUUGCAAAAUAACUCGACAUCUUUGGGACAGAAGAGACAAUAACUUCAAGAAGUUUAUCGAAAGAUAUACUAAAAAGGUGAAUUUUUGCCGCAGAAAAAGUUUACCUCUUAAUGUUAAAUCUUUCGAGCCAAAAAAUAUGGAAGACUCAAGAAAAGUCACAUCAACUGACAUCGCUUCAGUCAACACUACCAUCCAGGUUUCGAAUUUUUUUAAUGGAUUUCCAUCAACUUCGGAUGAACGAAUUGUAUUUACACGAGAUUUCGACAUGAUUGGGGGUAAUAAAGAUAUGGUUAGCAAUGUUAUUCAAUUUACUAUAGGCGAACAAGCCAUAAAUAACCAAUCUUUUGACAUGGUUGAAGGCAAUAUUAAUACGGUCAAUGAAGAAGAAAAGGUUAAAUCUCUCUUUGAAGAAUUUAUUGAUAAAAAUGCUUAUGAGUGA